AUGUACCUAGAAAUGGCGGCUUUAUCUCUUACACGCAAUUUAAGGUAUUGUGUACCUAUCCUAUUUUUUAUUCUAUGCGGUUUGGGACCCCGAUUGUGCUGUCCAGCCUUCCCCUUCAAGCCAAUGAAGAAUAACUGCGUGAUGCUGACAAAGCUAUUACUCCUGCUCCUGCAGCUUCUCUCCAUGUUGCUGAGCGCGGCGGGCUGCGCCCUGCGACAACCGAAGUCAAAAACAUGUUUCCCGUGCAAUUACAAAGGUAUCAUUGUUGAAUCUUGGGACCUCAAGCAGAGAAAGUGCUCGUAA